AGCUACCAAAUUUGCUUGCCCUGGGCACGUCGAUCAGCGAUGAGGGUGUGUAGGCUAGACGGUGGCUGUACCGUUGAGGCAAGCUGUGAAGAUGUCAAAACUUGCCAUGUGAUGACGACACUUUGAUUUCUGCUACGAAAGCGCGAAGUUCACGACCGCUCUCGUGCUUGGCCAUGACGGCGCAGAUCUCCAGUCUCCUCGGCUUGGACAAGGCAGCAAGUGGCGACGCAGUAGCUUCGCCUUCGACUGCAGCUGAUCAACCUCAUGCACUCACCGCCGGCGGACCAGGCGUGCAGACCACCAUCUCCCCCAUUGAUGGCCAACCUGUCGUGAUCAGGCAGCUCUUGAGCGACAGUGAUGUAGCUGCCUCGGUUGGCAAGUCCGUCGAAGCAGGCAAAGCUUGGCGACUCACCUCACUCGAAGAACGUAAGGCUACAGCCAAUAAGUUCCUUGACCUCGUCGAAGCGCGACAAGAUGCCCUUGCGCUUGAGAUCACGGAGCAGAUGGGCAGGCCCAUCAAGUUCGCACACCUCGAGAUCGCUGGCUUUGUAUCGAGAUCGAGGUAUAUGAUCAGUAUUGCAGACGAAGCGCUAGCCGAAGUUGAUGUCACGGGCGAGCAAGAGCGAAAGGAGGGCAAGUUCAAGAAGUCGAUCAGACGAGAGCGUCUUGGCGUCAUCUUCAUCAUCAGCGCUUGGAACUUCCCGUAUCUGAUCCAAUCGAACACGCUUUUGCCUGCACUACUGGCAGGCAAUACGCUGCUCCUGAAGCCCUCCCCACAGACGCCUACGUCGUCAGAGCAGAUGUCGGCGCUACUGCUCGAGGCGGGCUUGCCCAAAGAUGUCUGUCAAACGCUCCAUCUCACGCUCGACCAGAUGGAUUCUGUCGUUCGAGAUCCUCGCGUCGCUUCGGUUGCUUUCACGGGCAGUGUCGAGAAUGGUCGAAGGGUAGGCAGGAAUGCCACUGCUGGCGAGGGCUUCAAGAGCGUCGGUCUCGAGCUCGGCGGCAAGGACCCAGCUUAUGUUCGCAAGGAUGCCGAUCCUGUCUUUGCAGCGACUGAGCUGGCGGACGGCGCCUUCUUCAAUUCUGGGCAAUCAUGCUGCUCUGUCGAGCGCAUCUACGUGCACGAAUCGAUCUACGAUGCAUUCAUCAUCCAGCUCGCGAAGGAGGCCGGUGAUCUGAAGCUCGGUGAUCCAAGAGAGAAAGAGACAAGCCUCGGACCCGUCAUCAGCAUCCCAUCUGCUGCUGCCAUACGCAAACAAAUAGCUGAAGCUUGCAAGCCUGAUCCUCGGGUCAUGUCACAAGGAGCGCGAACGCUCAUACCUGAGGAAGUGCAAGCAAAGGCGGCCGAAGGGACGACAUACGUCGCACCGCAAGUCCUUGUCGACGUCAAUCACACCAUGGCCAUCAUGACCGAGGAAACCUUUGGUCCUGUCGUGGGCGUGAUGAAGGUCAAGACGGACGAGGAAGCAGUUGCACUCAUGAACGACUCUCGCUACGGCCUCACAGCGUCUAUUUGGACAAACGAUGCGGAUGCCUUCAACGACCUCGUCAGCGAGGUCGAUGCGGGAACAGUCUUUAUGAACAGGCAAGCUUUCCCACUAUGUGAUUUCCUUGCUCCUGAGCUCGCUUGGACUGGCGUCAAGGAUUCUGGCCGGGGGAUCAGUCUGAGCAAGUAUGGCUAUGAUCAGCUGACGCGCGCGAAGACGGGCCGUCCACUGAAACAAAGCGGUGUUGAAGCCAGCUCGAGCAAGUUCUAUACGACAAGUCCUCGGUCCGAGCUUGUUACACCGCCUCAAGGAGACAUCCUUGCGCCGUCGUGUCGGCCAUCGGCAGCGAAUUCUAAGCUUAUAACACACCUUCCCAAUGGCCGCAAAGGAGUUCUACGGUCAGGGCAACGGCGAUCAGUCCAGAGGCUAUCCGCCCCAGCAAGGCUACGGAGGUCCCCAACAGGGCUACGGAGGUCCCCAGCAGGGAGGCUACUACGGCCCGCCCCAACCGCAAAAUGCGUACCAGCAGCCCGGUCAGCAGGGCUACAACCAAGGCUACCCGCAGCAACAGUACGGUCAGCAGCAAUACCCGCAGCAAAACUACCAACAGCAGCAACCCCAACCGGUCUACGUACAAAAUCAGAAGAAGCAAGGAGGUGGCGGUGGCACGGGCUGCCUGGCUUGUCUAGCGGGAAUGUGCGCUUGCUGUCUCGUCGAAGAUCUCUGCCUCGACUGUAUGUUCUAGGUAGGAGAAUCAAACCCCCUCACACGCGCUCAAUCUCGUCCGACAUCCCUUCGUUGGCCACCCCGAAGGAGCACGACAUCGACGAGAGGCUAGAUCACGACUAGUACUAUUACCCUCAAUGCAUCUUUUUGUUGAUUCCCUGUCAUUUCUUUCGUUUUACACGGACCCCUGCGUAUGGUAAAAAUUUCAUCGGCCGAUAGAGCACCUCGACCAUCGACUGCCGCCUUACUGCACUCCGCAUUCG